AUGCCAAGGAGGAUUUCUUAUUUUGAAAUUUUGGAUGCAACUCAUAGAUUUGAUGAGAAAAUCUUACUUGGAAGGGGAAGUUUUGGGUCUGUGUUCAAAGGAAAACUUUCAAAUGGAAUAAUGGUGGUUGUUAAAAUAUUCAGUUUUGACACAGAAGCAUUGUCCAGGAGCUUUAAGGUAGAAUGCAAUGCAAUGCAUAAUUUGUGCCAUUGCAAUCUAGUAAAGCUCAUUAGUAGUUCUUCUAAUGCUGAUUUGAACUGUUUGAUAAUGGAGCUCAUUCCCAAUGGAAGCCUUGAAAAAUGGUUAUAUUUUGAUAACUAUCAUUUGGAUUUUCUACAAAGGUUGAAUAUAAUGAGAAAUGUAGCAUCUCCUUUAGAAUAUCUUCAUUAUGGCUUAUCAACACCAGUAGUCCAAUGUGAUUUGAAACCAAGUAACAUUUUGUUGGAUGAUAAUAUGAUUGCCCAUGUGAGUGACUUUAGAUUUGCCAAAUUUUUAGACAAAGGGAAAUCUAAGACACUUACCGAGACAAUAUCUACAAUCGGUUAUAUUGCACCAGCAAAAGUAGAUGUGUAUAGCUAUGGAAUAGUACUGAUGGAAGUGUUCACAAGGAAAAAGCCAACAGAGGGCAUGUUUGUUGAUGGAUUAAGCUUAAAGACUUGGAUAAGUCAAUCAACGUCACAUGCAUUGAUUCAAGUCACGGAUUCCAGUAUACCGAUGGAACCAAUGGACCGGCGUACAAGUCAAGUUGAUGUUCUUGGGGAUUUCGGCAUCAUAGUUCUUCUAGCUGUCAAAGGGUCUUCUAAGUAUGGCGCAGUCAUGAUCUGGGACAGGUUCUACGAUGGCCAAAGUGGAUAUAGCAAAGCCAUUAAAGAUAAUGUCUAA